AUGGGCAACUCUCAGACAAAGGAAGCACGUGGCCACGGCUCCUCUGGCUCACGCGUCAGUGGCAGUACAAGCCCGGCGGGACGACAAGAUGGACAACAAAACAGCUUGGAAGCUCCCCCUCGACCCGCGCACUCCCGCCAACGAAGAAGCAGCCGACCCGACUUCUCCUUCCUCGGCCUUGGUGGAAGCAGUGAUCAGGAUGCCUCCUCACUGGAGCAGCGACGCGAGACCAAGGUAGAAAGAGAAGCUCGAAAGGCAGAAAAGGAAAGAAUAGCGAGACUCAAGGAGCGGGAGCGCAGCAUGAGAGAAGAGCAUGUCGAUGGGGGAUAUCUGGUGACUCAAGGGGUGUAUGUGGGUACGGAAGACUUCAACAAAGCAAUCGUUAGACAAUUCAUGAUCGAGAGACGACUAGCUCCAUUCUGGAGAGGUCUUAACGACUUCUCAGAUUCGUGGGCAGAACAUCAGCUCAUGGCCGCCGCUCGAGGCAUGCCUAUUCCUCCAGCGGAUGAAGUGCCUCCGGAGCUCGAAUACCAGCUUGCGAAGAGGGUAACUACGGACAGGACCAAAGAAUCUGCACUCAAAAGCCUCACGAUCCCAAUUGGAGGAAGAUCGCAGUCCUUUCAAUCAGACAGCUCCGCACCCCUAUCGCCGCCUCCCAACUCUUUACCACUUCCGUCACCCUCCUCGCCGCCACCAUCGGGCUCACCAGGGACCAGCACCUUUCGAACUCGCGCCAAGACACUGGCGUCUUUGGCGACCUCAUCUCGGGGGAAUUCUCAGGUAGAUAUGACUCCAAGAGAAUUCCAGCUGCCACCGGAUCCUUUCGUCAAUGGACAACCCAUCGAGGUCUAUCUUUACAAGGACGCUUCAGAAUGUCCGAUUUGUUUCUUAUACUAUCCGCCCUAUCUCAACACCACCAGGUGCUGUGAGCAACCUAUCUGUUCAGAAUGUUUCGUUCAAAUCAAGCGGCCUGAUCCUCAUCCUCCGGAACAUGAACAACCGGAUCCGAAUGCGCCACCGGUCUCAGAGGCUGAGCGUGAAGUGCAGGCCGAUGGUCUGCUUGUUUCUGAGAUUGCAACCUGCCCAUAUUGCAAAACCCCCGACUUUGGUAUCACUUACACGCCACCUCCGUUUCGCAGAGGGCUUACUUAUGGCACUGGGUCUCAGCCGUAUCAGGUCAUGUCAGCCAUGUCCUCUCAAACCUCGUUUUCUUCUGGAAACCUUUCUCCGGGGCCGGGUCGGAGGCGUGGGACUUCUUUGUCUGCAAAUGCCCCGGAAGUCAUCACCACAGACAAGAUACGCCCUGACUGGGCGACCAAGUUGGCAGCUGCUCGGGCCCAUGCAGCACGACGGUCUGCAGCAGCCACGGCGUUACAUACAGCUGCAUAUCUCAUGAAUGGGCAGGGCGCCGAUUCACGAGCCUUCGCAGCGUUUAGCCGACGCGGAAUGUUGAGACGAUCCACUCUAGAAGGUGGAGAGAAUGCACCAAGUUCAAACCUGAGUGCACUUGCAAUGCUGGCGGAGAGACAUGCAGCGCGGCAACAGGAGGCGGCUGGAGAAACCCGAGCAAGUAUCUUGUUGCCUCCACCACGUGGCAGCAGUUCCCGGCGAAGCCGCAUGGACGACCUGGAAGACAUGAUGAUGAUGGAGGCCAUCCGCCUGAGUCUGGCGUCCGAGGAAGAACGUCGUAAAAAAGAGGAAAAAGAAGCGCGCAAAGAAGCGAAGAAGAAGGAAAAAGAAACCAAGAAGGCCGAGAAAGCGGCACGGAAGAACAGUCUUUUCACACUAAAUUCAAACGGUAGUAACGGGGACGCAUCCAGCAGCCUGAUGGAGAGGUCUCGAAGCAAUCUUUCCCUCGGCCAAGACGAUGACUCUACAGCCAGCAAGGGCAAGGGAGUAGAGCGGAGUGAUACCCCUCCUACAGGGGGCCCCAAGGUGGAGGAAGAGGCUCCGCGACCAUCAUAUCUCCCGGCUCUGUCGCUGUCUGGAACCAGUCAAGAGUCUUUGGCGAGUUCCAUCCCCAUCCCUACUGCGGCCGAACCAUUCCGACGGUCUCAUCUCCGACAAAUGUCAACCGCCUCGUCCACUUCGUCUUCCUUUGUCGAACCAGGUCCUGCAGCUUCAUUUUCGGGCUCCGGUACUCCUCCGCCUGGGAGUCUCGAGCCUAUGUUCAAUUUCAGAAGCCUGGCCGCAAUGAUCGGGGAAGAUGAGAAAGAUAAUGACAGUGCUCAUGUCGAAAAUGCUCCUCGAGACCAAUCGCCAAAGUCUCGGGAGGACGUCCAAGAAAAGGGUCCCUCGAAGGUUGGGGAGAGCUGGGAUCCUGACGACUCGGACCUUCCUGCAUCUUCGGAUUCGUCUCCUAUGCGGGAGAGCGAUGCAGACCCGGUGGUCACAAACGGAAAGCCCGUUGUUGCACCAUCAACCAGUGUAUCCCACGCCUGA